AUGGACGAAAUUAAAACGAGUGAAAUGGAGGAAGAAGUAAUUGUAUCACAAGAAUCUCACAAUGAAGAAAUAUCCAUUGAUACCGCAGAGAAAACAGGUAUCCUUAAUCCACAAUCACGUGAAAAUGUUGUGGUUUUAUCCGCUGAAGAUGAAAUGAAGAAAGAAAGAAAGUCUUUGAGAUCACAAGUUGAAUUAUUAAGACGUGAAAUAAAUGAUUUUAUGGUAAAUUAUGUAAAGGAAGUAACCAAAUUGAAAGAUAAAGUAGCAGAAUUAAAGAUUAAACUUGCUACUAAAAAAAGCGAACUAGCACAAGAACGCCAUUCAAAAGAAAAUCUAUUUCAACAAUCAUUUGUUAUGGAACAAUUUGAAGAUUCUGGACAAAAAGACAAAAACGAAAAAUUCCUUCGAAUUAAGCAGCUAUAUAUUAAACUGAGAGAUGAACACAUUCAAAAAAUUCGAGAGAAAGCUGGCAUAGAAAGGAAAUUAGUAGAUGCUCUUAAAAAUUUACAUAAAUUAGAAAUGAAGAACAAAAAGUUACAAGAAGAUUUUGAACAAAAAUGUGUUGAGAUUUCUACAUUGCAACAAGAUAAACAACUUUUUAUGAUAGAAACACAAAUGCUCGAUCAAAUUUUGAUAGAGGCUUAUUAUGAAAGAGAUGAAGUUAGAAAUGAUUUAACUUUCAUGUCUCUAGAAAAUGAAGAACUUAAGAAAACAUCUGAGCAGAUGUUCUACAAAAUAUUGGAUUUAGAACAUAAAUUAUCUGAAGAACGAAACCAGUCUCGGAAUUGUUUGACAAAUGUUGUAUUAAAAUCAUUAGAAAGUCUUGAAGAUAUGAUGAGACAUGCCAUCCAAGAAGUUGACAACCCUGCUUUAACAAUAGUUAUCUGCUCGACAGAUUAUUUUAAACGUUUAUCAAAAGGUUGUAUUAGCUCUUUAGAGUACUGUUCAAAUAUUGCAGAAGACGAUUAUGCUAGUAUUAUUACUGUUGCAAAUAAAAUUACUCACAAGCAUGUAAAUUAUAUAUUACAAGGCAAAGCAGUGUGCAAUACAAGUCCUGACAUUUCAUUUGGUGAAAAGGUAGCUGAUAUGUGUAAAGAGUUAGGUGCUAUAAUUUUAAACAUCCUUGAAGCUUUAAAAUAUAACAAAAACCCCAAAGCAAUAGUUAAAGAAGCCAAAGAAAAAAUAGGAGAAUUAAAUGCUUCAGCAGAUAAUAUAGAUAUAUCUAUUCUUGGAGAAAAAGAAGAUACUCUAGUUAACAUGCUUGAAAGUGAAAUGACAGAAAUGGACAAGGCUAUCGAAGAAGCUGCUAAUCGAAUUCAGGAUAUGUUGACUAAUUCACGGGCUACCGAUUCUGGUAUAAAAUUAAAAGUCAAUGAAAAGAUAUUAGAUUCUUGUACCAAAUUGAUGCGAACUAUUAGAAUUUUGGUUAACAAAUCGAAAUUAUUACAAGCUGAAAUUGUUGCUCAAGGCCGGGGAACAGCUAGUGCAAAUGAGUUUUACAAAAGGAAUCACCAAUGGACAGAUGGAUUUACAUCAGCUGCUAAAGCAGUAGCACUUGCUGCAAAAUGUUUAAUAGUGGCUAUAGAUGAAGUUGUUCAAUCGAAUGGAAAAUUGGAACAAUUAGUAGUAGCAGCUCAUGAAAUUGCCACAACUACAGCCCAAUUAGUUGUAGCCAGUCGAGUUAAAGCAGACAGAAAUAGUCAAAAUUUACAAGAAUUGACUCAGGCGUCUAAAAAUGUUAGCGAAGCAACUGGAGCUGUUCUAGCUUCAGUUAAAGAUUGUAGUCAACUUAUCGACGAAUCAGAGGAUAUGGAUGUUUCAAACUUUACCCUCUAUGAAACAAAGCGACUUGAGAUGGAGUCACAGGUACAAGUGUUGGAAUUAGAAAAAAAAUUGGAACAAGAACGUUAUAGAUUUUCCAAACUAAGAAAGCAUCACUACCAAUUGACAGGAGAAAGUGAGAUUUGAAUUAACUUCCCCAUAAACUGUUUAUUUUAUCCAAAUUUUUAUAAGGGAUUCACUUUGAGAAGAAAAUAUUAUUUUGGUUUCUAUUUCUAGAAUGUUCAUUUUAUUUUAUAAAUAUAUUUUUUUAUUA